UCCUUCAUUGCAUUUGCAUUGCUUUCUUUUUGCAUUUCAAUAUCUCUUUGAUAUUUCUCUCUCAUUCUCGCCCUUCCACUGCUUGUUUUCUUUCUCUUUCGUUCCCGUAUUAACUGCGAAAACAACGAAAGAAGAAAAACAACAAAAAUUCUCAUUCCAUCUUAAUUAAUCUCUCAUGAUCUUUGCACCUCUUUUCUCUGACUUUUAGGAGAGAGAAGGAGACCAUUUAACUUUUUUUUUUUUUUGCUUCCUUGUUUUCGUUCUAACGACAAUUCUCCAGGAAAAAAAGAAGAGAAAGAAAGCUCCACAAGAAGUCCAAACUCAACAAAUAACCAUAUUGUUGUUUCUCUGCUCUGUUGAGUGAAGAAAUCGACACCAAAAAAAGGAAAAAGAAAAAAAAAAGAGAAAAAUGAAGUACGUGUUGGUAACUGGAGGAGUGGUGAGCGGACUCGGGAAAGGAGUGACAGCCAGUAGCAUUGGCCUUCUUCUCAAAGCUUGUGGACUUCGCGUUACUUCUAUCAAAAUUGAUCCUUACUUAAACACCGAUGCUGGAACCAUGUCCCCUUUCGAGCAUGGCGAAGUUUUUGUAUUAGAUGAUGGCGGCGAGGUGGACCUGGACCUUGGGAACUAUGAGCGAUUUCUAGAUAUCAAGCUGACCCGUGAUAAUAACAUUACCACUGGAAAGAUUUACCAGUCCGUUAUUGAUAGGGAGAGAAAGGGAGACUAUCUGGGAAAGACUGUACAGGUUGUCCCUCACAUCACAGAUGCCAUUCAAGAGUGGAUUGAGCGGGCGGCGCAAAUGCCGGUGGACGGAAAGCCAGGUCCAGCUGAUGUUUGUGUCAUAGAACUGGGUGGAACUAUAGGCGACAUCGAGUCCAUGCCAUUCAUCGAGGCUUUAGGACAAUUUUCGUACCGUGUAGGAGCUGGCAACUUCUGCUUGAUUCAUGUCAGUCUUGUGCCUGUUCUGAAUGUCGUCGGUGAACAGAAAACGAAACCGACCCAACACAGUGUACGGGGACUCAGAUCUCUGGGUUUGAUCCCACAUCUCCUGGCUUGUCGCAGCACGACGGCACUUGAUGAGAAUGUGAAGGUGAAGCUAUCUCAGUUUUGCCAUGUCCCGAGAGAGAAUAUCAUCACUCUGUAUGACGUUCCCAACAUUUGGCACAUUCCUUUGCUCUUACGGGAUCAAAAGGCUCAUGAAGCAAUAUUCAAGGUUCUUAACCUUCAAAGCAUAGCUACAGAGCCUGACUUGGAGGAAUGGACUUCUAGGGCAGAACUUGCCGAUCUGCUGCAUGAGCCGGUUCGUAUUGCUAUGGUUGGGAAGUAUACAGGCCUAUCAGAUUCCUACCUCUCUGUCCUGAAGGCUCUUUUGCAUGCAUCUGUUGCGCAACGUAAGAAGCUUUUUGUGGACUGGAUUGCAGCUUGUGACUUAGAAGAUGCAACUGCAAAAGAGAAUCCUGAUGCUUACAAGGCUGCGUGGAAGUUAUUGAAGGGCGCAGAUGGUGUUCUUGUUCCGGGAGGGUUCGGUGACAGAGGAGUGCAAGGAAAGAUUCUAGCAGCAAAGUAUGCAAGAGAAAACCGAAUUCCCUACCUUGGAAUUUGCCUUGGAAUGCAGAUAGCAGUGAUUGAGUUGGCACGAUCCAUUCUUGGUCUGAAAGAUGCUAACAGCACUGAAUUCGAUCCUCAAACAAAGAAUCCAUGUGUUAUAUUUAUGCCGGAGGGCUCCAAAACACAUAUGGGUGGCACCAUGCGCCUUGGAUCAAGGAGAACAUUUUUUCAGACUAUGGACUGCAAAUCAGCUAAACUAUAUGGAAAUAAGACCUUUGUUGAUGAGAGACACCGGCACAGAUACGAGGUGAAUCCGGAAAUGGUAGGACGCCUUGAAAAAGCUGGUCUCUCUUUUACAGCGAAAGACAUAUCAGGUCGACGCAUGGAGAUUGUUGAGCUAAGGAAUCAUCCAUACUACAUUGGCGCACAAUUCCAUCCCGAAUUUAAAUCAAGACCAGGGAAACCUUCUGCUUUAUUCUCAGGGCUUAUAGCAGCGGCAUGCGGGCAGUUGGAUAGUCUCCUCUUACAAGGAUCUGAGAACAAAAGGAUUAUUCCAAUGGCAGCAGGCACGAUUGACACCCAAACAGCCAUAAUAUACCAAAAUGGAACUGCAACUAAGGCAUCAAAUGGGACACUAGAUGGCAUUUACAGCAUUUGCAAUGGGGUACACUAGUUAUAACUUAUAAGCCCAAGUGAUGCCCUUCUAUUACUGCAUUACAAGUGUGGUUGCUAGGAUCUUACUAUGGGGGGUUUUUUUUUUUUUUUUUUUUUUUGGUCCCUUCUUUUUGGUAGUGAUAUUUGAAGAGGAUUGGGUUCUUGUGUACAGUCAUGUGGGGUAUUGGGUUUGAUAUAACUGAAUUUUGCAAUAGAACUCGAGCGGAUCCCGGUUUUUUUAAACGGGAACCAGAUCGUCGAAGUUCCACAGUUGUACUAGCGAUUGGGAAAAAUGUUAUGGGGGUUGCUUUCUUUCCCUUCUCCUCAACUUGUUUUAUCAAUAUGAUAGUGAAACUCUAAUGUUGCAUCGAUUGUAGGCCUUGUAGAUGUCAACUUAAACUUUGUGGAGGGAGUUUUAUUCAAAUUUCUCCUU